AUGCGGGCAAACGUCGACGCGCCAUACUACCAGAUGCGCCCCGGCCACUUCGUCACCACGCCCAACAGUACAAACGGUGCACCGCCCCCAUUCGUGUCCGACGACGAUGAAUAUGACUUGUCUGCUCCCGCUCCCCUCGCAUCGCCGCCCCAACACCAUCUCAGCCCACACCUGUACGCCGAACACACUGCCCGUCAGACGUCAGACGAUCACACACUGGAGGAGAAUCAUAACCUCGUUGAGUUGCUGGAGGCUGCGACAGCUGCAGGUCAGGUGGCAUAUGCGAUGGAUACUGGAGAUACUGGGACGGUGACCAUCCCACUACAGGAUAGAGGCAAGAGAAGAAGAGGUACCAGCUCCCCGGCCGAGGACGCAUCGCAUCAUGCCGAUAGGCCUGUCAACUCUAAGCGACGUAAAACUGGCGGAUAUACCGAUCCUCGGCUUCAGGACCAUGGCCAUAAUAUGCAUGGGGUCUCUGUCGACGACACUGUACCGCCUUCCAGUGAGUCUCUGUUGAACGAUGCCCGUGCCGCAGGUGUACACUCAGCCGCCGCUCUCUUCCGCCGCUCCUCCGAAAGAACGUCUCGCAAGUACACACGACCGCCGAUGUCGAAGCUUUUUAUGUCCCUCCAGCUAAGCCCAGAGAACUUCCUCCAACUACAAGCUUUAGCAAAAGGCUACAUGCUCGACACAUCACAUCCUGAGCGGCAGAGCUGCGUUGGAAACCGUGGUAAAGGUGAUACCGACAUGGUCAAGUUGCGGCUCUUCAACUGCGUCCGGGACUUCCUGAACGAAGGCGUUGGCGAGCAGUUCUUUGGCGAAGAUGUGGAGAAACCGGGCGAGAAGGACGCGAUUGAAGCUGCACGCGCACUAGGAGAAGACAAGACUCCUGAUGCUGGAGAAAGACUGACGUGGCCAAAGGACGGGAACAAGAUUAUUAGCCUCGUUACUCCGUUGAUGCGACGAAUGGUCACGAACGAGCGGCAGCGACAGUAUGCGAUCGAGACUAGGAAGGGUGGCGCGAAGAAGAAAGACAAAGAAGGUAGUGCCGAAGCUGUGCUCCAGCAAGGCGAUGAUGAUGCAGGACGUGGAGUCGAGCAGCAUCCACAGCCGGUCUUCGGUCACAGUUUGGAACAGCAUCCGACGCCGUCACAGCAGACAGCUUCAUCGACACGACUCACAACCUUACCCACGACCAGCCCUACCGAACCCAAUCUCUCGCACAUCAACAUCUUCCUCGUACUUGCCUCGUCGAGCGGCAGACCAGGCAUCAAGCUCGACGAGAAGCGCAUCUCAGCCGAACCACAAACGCACCUGGCAUGGUAUGACUACAACGACUUCAUGAAAGAUGUCAUCCUCCUCCUCAAGGCCGCCCAGGACAGAUACCCCGAACUCAGCGUGGGCAUCGGAUCUCGAGACGUUGAGCCCGGCACAGACAAUCUUCGUGGGCUCGCUGCCGCCGCAAACGCACUGCAGACAGAGCAUGCUCUACAUGGAACAUCUUCUCCAUUCAACGGUCUCCCUCAAUCAUCCGAAGAUGAUAACGUUUCUAUACUUCCUACACCCACUUCGGCAGUGAGCACUCACCCCGUCUUCCCUGUCGACAGUCAUGCGGAAACCAGGUCUCUUCCCCGUUACGCUAUCAAGUCUGUUGGUCCGCAGGGGUGGCGUGAUAUUCGCAAUGCGGAUGAUUGGUAUAGUGUGCUGAGGGAGAAGGCGUUUGCUGUUUGGGCUGAUGGCGUGUGUAAUGUGCUUGUUGAGCUUGUGGAGGUUGUUGGGGUGGUGGGGUAG